GUUAUUGAAGAUGUGGUAUGAACUAGAUGAGAAGAAACGAAGAAAGUAUCUGAAGAAGACAAAUAAGUGUCCUGACCCAAGCCUUGGUGUUUGGCGCCCAGAUACCUAUUUUGCAUCUGUUUCGGAAACAUUUGAAAAUGGAGUCGAAGAUUAUAUCAACAAAUGGGAAUCUGAGAACAGACAAAGUUAUACACGCCCAGCACUUUCUUCUGAUAGGUUAAAGGAUUUGUUGUAUUUAAAGUGGCAGCGAUCUCUGUGUGACCCUGGAGAAGCUGUGGGUCUUCUUGCAGCUCAGAGUAUUGGGGAACCUUCUACACAGAUGACUCUGAACACCUUCCACUUUGCUGGCAGAGGUGAAAUGAAUGUCACAUUGGGUAUUCCAAGGUUGCGGGAAAUACUGAUGGUGGCCAGCGCAAAUAUUAAAACACCGAUGAUGAGUGUUCCUGUGUUCAAUACCAAGAAAGCUCUCAGGAAGGUGAAACAGCUUAAGAAACAGCUCACAAGAGUGUGCUUAGCUGAGGUCUUGCAGAAAGUUGAGAUAGAGGAAUCCCUACAUGUGAGGUGCAAGCAGAACAAACACCGCCUCUACAAAAUCAAAUUCCAUUUCUUGCCCCAUGAAUACUACCGAGAGGAAAAGUGUGUGAAGCCCAGGGAGAUCUUGCACUUCAUGGAAACAAGGUUCUUUAAAAUUUUUCUGGAAGCGAUUAAAAGGAAGAGCGCAAAGAUGGCGUCUUUUAGUGAAGUCAGCGCGCGGAAGGCAAGUCGGAAAGAUUUAGACAGUGACCAAGACAAGACCCAGAAUAAUCAGGAAGCUCCAGCAGAGGAAGAAGAGAACAUUGUUGAUGCAGAAGCUGAUGAAGGGGAUGGCGAUGCUACAGAAGCGAAACGGAGGAAGAACCAGGAAGAAGAGGUUGAUUAUGAGAGCGAAGAAGAGAAUGGGGAAGAAAACGUUGAGGAGAAUCUAGAAGAUGAAGAGGCUGAAUCAGAAAAAGAAAGGACUUCCGGUCCCGAAGAAGAUCAGAAUGGAGCAGAUGGUGAUGAAUUUCAACAUCUUUCCUUCAUGCCUCAGACUAAAUCAGAGAAAGAUCAGUUACUUCAGUCAGCAGAGUUGCGAGUGAAUGCUGUCCUGGACAGCCACCCAUCGAUACAGGAUUACACAUUUGACACCGAAAAUGAGCUUUGGUGUGAGGUUUCAUUGACGCUUCCGUUGAUGAAGGUGUACUUCGAUCUCUCCUCCUUGCUUGUCUCUCUCGCACGAAGCACGGUCAUUCACGAGGUGAAGGGGAUCACACGCUGCCUGUUGAAUGAAAGUACCAGCAAGCACGGGGAGAAGGAACUCGUUCUGCACACCGAGGGGAUCAACCUCACGGAGCUGUUCCGUUACUCGGAUAUUUUGGAUCUGAACAGACUUUAUUCCAAUGAUAUUCAUGCCAUGGCUAAGAAUUAUGGAAUUGAGUCUGCCCUGAGGGUGAUUAUAAAAGAAAUAAAAGAUGUAUUUGCUGUAUAUGGAAUUGUGGUCGACCCUCGGCACCUCUCACUUGUGGCAGAUUACAUGUGUUUUGAAGGAUUUUAUAAACCGCUGAAUCGUUUUGGAAUUCAGUCCAACUCCUCCCCUCUGCAACAGAUGACAUUUGAAACCAGCUACAAAUUCUUGAAGGAAGCAACAAUGAUGGGUGCCCAUGAUGAACUGCGAUCCCCCUCUGCCUGCCUGGUGGUUGGGAAAGUUGUGAAAGGAGGGACUGGUUUGUUUGACCUCAAGCAACCCCUUAC